CGGAAUGGGGACCAAGAUGGCGGACUUCGACUCCCCUUCGAAGCUGUUAGGGGUCCCUCCGCAGCCUGAGGGGGUGGGAGGAGGCCGCUGCUCGGAGAUAUCCACUGAGCUCAUUCGCUCCCUGACGGAGCUGCAGGAGCUGGAGGCUGUGUACCAGCGGCUCUGCGGCGAGGAGAAAGUGGUGGAGAGAGAGCUGGAUGCUCUUUUGGAACAGCAAAACACCAUUGAGAAUAAAAUGGUCACUCUCCACCGAAUGGGUCCCAACCUGCAGUUGAUUGAAGGAGAUGCAAAGCAGCUGGCUGGAAUGAUCACCUUUACAUGCAAUCUAGCCGAGAAUGUGUCUAGCAAAGUCCGUCAGCUUGACCUGGCCAAGAACCGCCUAUAUCAAGCCAUUCAGAGAGCUGAUGACAUCUUAGAUCUGAAGUUCUGUAUGGAUGGAGUUCAGACUGCUUUGAGGAAUGAAGAUUAUGAGCAGGCUGCAGCCCACAUUCAUCGCUAUUUGUGUCUGGACAAGUCAGUCAUUGAACUCAGCCGACAGGGCAAAGAAGGGAGCAUGAUCGAUGCCAACCUGAAGCUAUUGCAGGAAGCUGAGCAACGUCUCAAAGCCAUUGUAACAGAGAAGUUUGCUAGCGCCACUGAGGAAGGCAGUCUACCCCAGGUGGAGCGCUUCUUCAAGAUCUUCCCGCUACUGGGUUUGCAUGAGGAGGGAUUAAGCAGGUUCUCAGAAUACCUUUGCAAGCAGGUGGCUGGUAAAGCUGAGGAGAAUCUGUUGCUGGUUCUAGGGACAGACAUGAGUGACCGAAGAGCUGCAGUUAUCUUUGCAGAUACACUCACUCUCCUGUUUGAAGGGAUUGCCCGCAUUGUGGAGACCCACCAACCAAUAGUGGAAACCUAUUAUGGGCCAGGGAGACUUUAUACCCUGAUAAAAUACCUGCAAGUGGAGUGCGACAGACAGGUGGAGAAGGUGGUGGACAAGUUUAUCAAGCAGAGGGACUACCACCAGCAGUUCCGGCAUGUCCAGAACAACUUAAUGAGAAAUUCUGCAACAGAAAAAAUUGAACCCAGGGAACUGGAUCCCAUCCUGACUGAGGUCACCCUGAUGAAUGCCCGUAGUGAGCUGUACCUACGCUUCCUCAGGAAGAGGAUCAGCUCUGACUUUGAAGUGGGAGACUCCAUGGCCUCAGAAGAAGUAAAACAAGAGCAUCAGAAGUGUCUGGACAAGCUCCUCAAUAACUGCCUGCUGAGCUGCACUAUGCAGGAGCUCAUUGGCUUCUACAUCACCAUGGAGGAGUACUUCAUGAGAGAGACUGUCAACAAGGCUGUGGCUCUGGACACCUAUGAGAAGGGCCAGUUGACGUCAAGCAUGGUGGAUGAUGUCUUCUACAUUGUUAAGAAGUGCAUUGGGCGGGCUCUGUCCAGCUCCAGCAUCGACUGUCUCUGUGCCAUGAUCAACCUCGCCACCACAGAAUUGGAAUCUGACUUCAGAGACGUCCUAUGUAACAAGCUGCGGAUGGGCUUCCCAGCCACCACCUUACAGGACAUCCAGCGUGGAGUGACAAGUGCAGUGAACAUCAUGCACAGCAGCCUCCAGCAGGGCAAAUUUGACACAAAAGGCAUCGAGAGCACUGAUGAGGCCAAGCUGUCUUUCUUGGUGACUCUGAACAACGUGGAAGUCUGCAGUGAAAACAUCUCCACUCUGAAGAAGACUCUGGAGAGUGACUGCACCAAGCUGUUCAACCAGGGCAUUGGAGGGGAGCAGGCCCAAGCCAAGUUUGACAGCUGCCUUUCUGAUUUGGCUGCCGUGUCCAACAAAUUCCGAGACCUGUUGCAGGAAGGGCUGACAGAACUGAACAGCACAGCCAUCAAGCCUCAGGUGCAGCCUUGGAUCAACACCUUCCUCUCCGUCUCCCACAACAUCGAGGAGGAAGAAUUUAACGACUAUGAGGCCAAUGACCCUUGGGUACAGCAGUUCAUCCUUAACCUGGAGCAGCAAAUGGCAGAGUUCAAGGCUGGCCUGUCCCCAGUCAUCUAUGACAGCCUGACCGGCCUCAUGACCAGCCUCGUUGCCGUCGAGUUGGAAAAAGUGGUGCUCAAAUCCACCUUCAACCGGCUGGGCGGUCUGCAGUUUGACAAGGAGCUGAGGUCACUUAUCGCCUACCUUACUACAGUCACCACCUGGACCAUCCGAGACAAGUUUGCCCGGCUUUCCCAGAUGGCCACAAUCCUUAACCUGGAGCGGGUGACCGAAAUCCUAGAUUAUUGGGGUGCCAACUCUGGCCCAUUAACAUGGCGCCUCACCCCUGCUGAAGUACGCCAGGUGCUGGCUCUGCGCAUGGACUUCCGCAGUGAGGACAUCAAGAGGCUGCGCCUGUAGCUGCCACUGGCCUGUCACACUUUGAGGCCCUUCAGAUGGCCUCAACCAAGGAACUGAGCAAGGCUGACUGGUGCUGGGGAGCUUGGACAGCCCGGACUGGUCCACUGCUGGACUCACUCUACUCUCUGCCCUCAGACCUAGCUCGGUCUGCUCUGGUUGGUCAGCCUCAACCAGAGUACCCCUGGGCUCUUAAUCAGGUGGAAAGUUAAGGCAGGCCCUGUGUGGGUGUCAUUCUCUCGUGCUUGGACACUGCAGCAAACAGGCAGCUCCCUGCCAGUCUGGAAGAACAGGUGCAUCUGGGAGCUAGGAAGUUAAGUUUGACUCCAAAAGAGGAUGUGACGUUUAUGAUCCCCCUAAAUAAAGACACUCCUCAGAGA